AUGGAGCUUUUCCUGGACAUGUUCUCGCAGCCGUGUCGCUCCGUGUUUAUGUUCGCCAAGAAAAACAACAUCCCUGUGGAGGUGCGGAACGUGUCCCUGAUGAACGGGGAACAGUUCUCGGAGGAGUUUGGAAAAGUCAACCCCAUCCGGAAAGUGCCAGCUCUCAGAGACGGAGACUUCAGCAUGGGAGAGAGUAUCGCCAUGAUGCAGUACAUGGUGGAGAAGUUCAAGACCCCGGAUCACUGGUACCCUUCCGAUCUGCAGCAGAGAGCGAGGGUCAACGAGUACCUGUGCUGGCAGCCCACCGGCAUCCGGCUCCACGGCUCCAAGGUCUUCUGGCUCAAGCUGAUGCUCCCCAUAGUCUUCAAGCUGGACAUACCAGAGGAGAAGAUGUCUGGUGCUCUGGAGGACCUGGACUCGUCUCUGAAAACCAUCGAGGACUCGUUCCUCCAGGACCGAGCCUUCAUCGCCGGGGACCAGAUCUCCAUGGCCGACCUGGUGGCUGUGGUGGAGGUCAUUCAGCCGCUUGCAGCCGGCGUGGACGUGUUCAAAGACCGGCCAAAGCUCAGCGCGUGGAAGGAGCGCGUGGUGCAGGCCGUGGGGAAGGAUCUGUUCGACGAGGCCCACGAGAAGAUCAUGACGGCCAGGGAAGCCAUUAAGAUGGUGGACCCCAGCAAGAUGGAGGCGUUCAGGCCCCGGGUGAUGCGCCUCAUGCUCUGA